AUGGAGACUGGACCGAUGCACAAUCGCAGACAAAGGCAAGUCCUAGUUUUCUUUGUUUGCCUGAGCAUGUCUUGGGGGAGUGCUGAUUUGGGGCCCUAUUCAGUAGUAGAAGAAACAGAGAAAGGCUCCUUUGUGGCAAAUUUAGCAAAAGACCUGGAGUUGGGGUUGGCAGAGAUGGCUACUCGAAUGGUCCGGAUCAUUUCCCAGGGGAACAAAGAGCAUUUGCAGCUCAAGGUUCAGACGGGGGAUUUGCUCCUAAAUGAGAAGCUAGAUCGAGAGGAGCUAUGCGGUCCAACUGAGCCUUGCAUACUACAUUUCCAAGUAUUAAUGGAAAAACCUUUAGAGAUAUUCCAGGCAGAACUGAGGGUGAAGGACAUCAAUGACCAUUCCCCUGUGUUCAAUGAAAGAGAAAUUAUUCUAAAAAUACCGGAAAACAGUCCUACAGGAACUGCAUUCCCUCUGAGUAAUGCUCUGGACUUGGAUGUAGGCAGCAACAAUAUUCAGAACUAUACAAUCAGCCCCAACUUCCAUUUCCGGGUUAUAACCCACAAUCGCAGCGAUGGCAGAAAAUACCCUGAGCUGGUGUUGGACAAAGAGCUGGAUCGGGAGGAGGAGGCCAAAAUCUCAUUAACGCUGACAGCGCUGGAUGGCGGCUCUCCACCAAGGUAUGGGACAGCCCAGGUUCGCAUUGAAGUGGUGGACAUCAACGAUAAUGCCCCUCAGUUUCAGCAGUUGCUCUACAAGGUGCAUAUUCCUGAAAACAGCCCCGUAGGCUCCCUGGUUGUCACUGUUUCUGCCAGCGAUGUAGACAGUGGACUCUAUGGGAAAAUAUCAUACACAUUCUUUCAGCCUUCUGAAGAUAUUAGUAAAACUUUGGAGGUAAAUCCAGAGACAGGCGAAAUUCGACUGAGAAAACAAAUAGAUUUUGAAACAGUUCUCUCUUAUGAAGUGGACGUCAAGGCCACUGAUGGGGGCGGCCUCUCAGGAAAAUGCACUCUUCUCCUGCAAGUAGUGGAUGUGAAUGACAAUCCUCCGGAAGUGACAGUAUCUGCACUUACCAGCCCCAUCCCAGAGAACUCCCCUGAAAUUGCAGUUGCUGUUUUCAGUGUUUCAGAUCCUGACUCUGGGGACAAUGGGAAAACAACUUCCUCCAUCCAAGAUGACCUUCCUUUUCUUCUAAAACCUUCAGUAAAGAACUUCUACACCUUAGUAACGGACAGAACACUGGACAGAGAGGAAAGAGCCGAGUACAACAUCACCAUCACGGUCACUGACAUGGGAACCCCCAGACUGAAAACCGAGCACAACAUAACCGUGCUGGUGUCCGACGUCAACGACAACGCCCCCGCCUUCACCCAGACCUCCUACACCCUGUGGGUCCGCGAGAACAACAGCCCCGCCCUGCACAUCGGCAGCGUCAGCGCCACAGACACAGACGCGGGCGCCAACGCCCAGGUCACCUACUCGCUGCUGCCGUCCUCCGACUCGCCCGUGCCCCUCGCCUCCCUCGUGUCCAUCAACCCCGACAACGGCCACCUCUUCGCCCUCACGUCCCUGGACUACGAAGCCCUGCGAGCCUUCGAGUUCCACGUGGGCGCCACCGACCGCGGCUCGCCGGCGCUCAGCAGCCAGGCGCUGGUGCGCGUGCUCGUGGCGGACGCCAACGACAACGCGCCCUUCGUGCUCUACCCGCUGCAGAACGCCUCGGCGCCCUGCACCGAGCUGGUGCCCAGGGCGGCCGAGCCGGGCUACCUGGUGACCAAGGUGGUGGCGGUGGACGGCGACGCGGGCCAGAACGCCUGGCUGUCGUACCAGCUGCUCAAGGCCACGGAGCCCGGGCUGUUCGGCGUGUGGGCGCACAACGGCGAGGUGCGCACGGCGCGGCUGCUGAGCGAGCGCGACGCGCCCAAGCAGCGGCUGGUGGUGCUGGUCAAGGACAACGGCGAGCCGCCGCUGUCGGCCAGCGUCACGCUGCACGUGCUGCUGGUGGACGGCUUCUCGCAGCCCUACCUGCCGCCCCCGGAAGCGGAAGCGGCGGCCGCGGCGCCGGCCGACCCGCUCACCGUCUACCUGGUGGUGGCCUUGGCGUCGGUGUCGUCGCUCUUCCUCUUCUCGGUGCUGGUGUUCGUGGCGGUGCGGCUGUGCAGGAGGGGCGGGGCGGGCUCGGCGGGUCGCUGCCCGGUGCCCGAGGGCCACUUCCCGGGCCACCUGGUGGACGUCAGCGGCACGGGGACCCUGUCGCAGAGCUACCAGUACGAGGUGUGUCUGAUGGGAGGAACUGGGACGAAUGAGUUCAAAUUCUUGAAGCCGAUUCUCCCCAAUUUCUCAUCCAAGGGCAUAGUCAGGGAAGUCGAAGAAAAUCCCUCCUUUCAGGGUAGCGUUGGAAUUUAA